GGAACCCUCGUCGAGUUGCGUAAGUAGGGCCCCCUGGACUCUAAAGAGAACGCUCAUUCUUCCGAGCACCGUUUCGGCUAGACUAUGCCGCUGACAUUUGCUCGAUCGAGAUUCUGCCCGCAUGUUUGGAGCUUCUCUUCCUGCUCUCUGAGAUUGCAUGUAGACAUUGAGUGGAUAAUAUUUUCUUUCUAUUAAAACUUGUCCGGGACGGUAUUUACACCAUUAUUCGCUCUCAUACCAUGGGACGAAGGCAAGCUCGCUUCGGCCUCGGCAUCGGCAUCGGCAUCGUUCUCUGGCUACUGUUGAUGUUGUGCGCAGUGGAGAUGAUCGCCGGGUCUGACAGCGUAAAUAAUUCCACGUUGGAAGGGCUGUUUUGGACUAGUACAAAAGAUGAAGCCAUAAUGAGGAAAUCGGAAUUAGAAGAAUCGGUGGUGGGAAACGGAAACAAUAAUAACAACGAUGACGAGAUCGAGUUCAGCGGCGGCUUCUCUUCGCUCGAAGGCAUGUUGCAGUGGGCAAUAGGAUCUCUAGACAAAGAAGAUGAUUGGUGGAGGGUGUUAGUAGGAUGAUGAUGCAGAUCAAUGCUUGAAGAAGAGGACAAAAAUAAGUCAGAAAAUACUGUUCACAUGAACAGUAAUUUGUGUCCAUAUCUCCUAUUUUGGUUUCCUAUUUAGUUUAGUUUAAUGUAGUUAGUUUCUAUUUUAUUUCUUUCUUAGUGAGCAAGUUAGUACUUAGUUACUAAAUUCAGUUGGUUUCUAAUUUGGUUUCUUUCUAAACUGUAAGCAAUGCGUUCUCUUAUAUAAAUGGAGCUUAUGUAACAAUGAGAAUUAAUGAAUGAAUGAAUUUUACAGCCAUUGCUGCUCUUUAUUCUUGCGAUAGGAUGUUCAACAAUUGAAAUAACUGUGGGUGAGAAAGCCAGGCUGAGAUAGCCAUUCCCCUACCCCCCUUCUUCUA